AUGCAAGCGACUACAAAAGUCUUGUUUGAUACGAAAUGCUUAAACUAUUGCAGGAGACUUAUAUGCAGAAAUGUACUUCCUGCAAUGAGCCCUCAAGUCAUCCAAGUUCAGCACCAGUCUUGCAAAUACAGCACAGCAGCUGCUGAUAUCCUCCCACCUCCAGAAUCAGACAUUUCCAAAAAGCUGUAUCCUCCUAAAAUUCAGAAACUUGUGGAAGACAUUAGCCAUUUAACAUUGCUAGAAGUGGCUGAUCUGAAUGAGCUGCUCAAGAAAACAUUGAAUAUCCGUGAUGCUCCCAUAAUGGCAAUGGCUGCUGCAGCAGCAGCUCCAAAGGUAGAGGAGGAAGUGGAGGUGGCCCCACAAAGAGAAAAGGUGAAUUUCACUGUCAAGUUGGUGAACUUUCAAGCUGAUAAAAAGGUGCAGCUAAUAAAAGAAGUGAAAAAUCUGUUGGAAGGAGUGAAUCUGGUUCAGGCAAAGAAAUUUGUUGAAUCUUUACCUCAGGUGGUCAAGGCAGAUAUUACAAAAGAAGAAGCUGAGAAGUUGAAAGAAUCACUAGUCGCAGUUGGUGCUGAAGUGGUUGUAGAAUAG